ACUGUCCGUCCGUCUGUCGGCUGAGGCGGGGCGCAGCGUCGGCAGGAGAGCGUCCAGAGCUACGACCACGCGGCGGCGCAAAUAGCACCUGACGCUCUGCUAUCCACGCAUUCGUAUGGACAUACUGAUGGAAGCGAGGCAUCAGACAGCUGUUAACUCAUCAUUAACCACUGUCAAGGAGCAGAAUAUAGCUUGAAGGUUGUAAUACGCGUUGGCAGACUCCACUAUCUCGAAACGGUGGUUGAAUCUACGCAGUGAAUGGAGUGCUGUUUUGGUUCUGUUUUACUGGGGGACAAAGGAUCAUCAUAAGAAUGUCUGGGCACUAGUGGUAAAAAGAAAGUUCUGAACCACCGCACUUGUUAUCACACUCUCGUUUCUUCAAAGGACAACGUUGAAUUUGGACGGGUAAAGUGACAAUCGUCUGGAAUGUCACGUACGCACGUCAUGGCAAAAUAUCCGCACGUAAACAUUUAUGAAGAGUGAUUUUGUAGUUGGUUCGUUGUGACGGGGAGCUACGUUCUCGUGUGUGUUGUGACGUUCGUAGUAGUGAAGAUGUGCCAUUGAGUUGCCUCUGCGUACGAAACGAGCAGACACUAUGAGCACGUCGGACGUGGAGGAGGAUCGCGAGAUCAACGUAGACACGGACAGCCGAUGCAGCGGCGACGACGACAGCUACCGCAGCAGCGACGGCUCGUCACCGCCCCCGCCGCCCGCGCACGCGGCGCCGCUGCCGCCCCCGCCGCCCCCGGCGUCCUCGUCGCCGCCGCCGCAGCAGUCGGCGCCGUCGCUGCCGUUCAGCAUCUCGCGCCUGCUGGGCACGGAGCCGGCGCUGCCGCUGGCGCUGCCGCCCCCGCAGUCGCCGCUGCCGCCUCCGCAGUCGCAGCCGCCCCCGCAGCCGCAGUCGCUGUUCCCGCCGCUGGUGCGCGUGCCGGCGGCGCUGGUGUACGCGGGCGCGGCGGGCGUCAUCCGCGUGCCGGCGCACAGGCCGCCGCCCCCGCCGCCCCCGCACGCGCACGCGCCGCCCUUUCCCUGGCUGGACGCCGCCGCCCUGCAGCGCAGCGCCGCCGCCGCCGCCUUCGCCUCCCACGUCGUCAAGGAGCGCCUCACAGCGACGUUCCCGAUCACGAGGCGGAUCGGCCACCCGUACCAGAACCGGACGCCGCCCAAGCGCAAGAAGCCGCGCACUUCGUUCACGCGGCUGCAAAUCGCCGAGCUGGAGAAGCGCUUCCACAAGCAGAAGUACCUGGCGUCCGCCGAGCGCGCCGCGCUCGCCAAGACGCUCAAGAUGACGGACGCGCAGGUCAAGACCUGGUUCCAGAACCGCAGGACCAAGUGGAGGCGGCAGACGGCGGAGGAGCGCGAGGCGGAGCGGCAGGCGGCCAACCGGCUGAUGAUGUCGCUGCAGGCCGAGGCGCUCAGCAAGGGCAUGUACCCGCCCCCACACCCGCCGCCACCCCCGGGGGCGGACGCGCCCGGCGCGCUGGCGGCCGCCGCCGCGGCUGCCGCAGCCGCCUCCGUGUCCGCGGCCGGACAGCCCCCGCAGCCGCCCCCGCACCUGGCUGUCUCCACGGCGGGCGGCGCCGCCUCCACGACGGCGCUGAGCGCGCUGCAGAACCUGCAGCCCUGGGCUGGCGCAGAGUACGGCGUGCACCCGCCGCCUCCGCCCCCGCUCGCCUCACCCAUCUGCUAGGCCGACGACCCCGUCGAACGACUCCUACUCAUCCAGUGAAUCUCGACACAUCGACAAUCCCCAGAUAUCUCUGUCGCGCGGCCGAUGAGCGUGGCGACUGCUCUGGAUACGACAUCCUCACUCAGCAAGACACCCCGAUGCUCCAGCGGCAAUCGACGGAGAAAAAUUACAGAAAACAGCCUUCGCCUAUACCUGUCUCUGCUAUAUGUUCGUGAUUGAAGUUGGACUGGCGUAACUGACUCUACGUUUUACUAGCGGGAAACAACCUCACAAUUCUAUGAGCGAAAGAACACUUUCACUAACGAGACAGACUCGUAACCUCCUCAGAUUCUGUUUGUCCCGUAGUAUUACGAGCUUAUAUCGCCAUACAAAGCUUUAGCGCACUUCUUACUGCUAUGCUCUGAUUCAAGAGGACACCAGUCUUCUAGCUUCAUAACGUCAGAGUGUUCACAUCAUACUGCAAUAGUAAUUCGCAGUACUGUGAAACUUUAACAUAAGAGCCUUAAAUUCCAAACAUCAGAAGCGUGAAAGACGAUCCGCUUCUCGUAGAAAUGUAAUGUAUCUACACGUCACCGUGACAUACAAAAUCAAGAAUGGACCGAAGAACUUAACGAGGAGUUUUAAAAAAAAUGAAAUAGCGUACGCUGAAACCGUACACUAUAUAAUUCCAUGGGUGUAAACGCUCGGUCACUGUUACGCGGCAAAGCCCAUAAUCAAGGGUCGGGAAUAACUGUGAUCCUCCAGGACCAACAUGUGUCACAGUCGUUAGCGAGGAGCGACGCAAAAACCAACUCAUCUGGGGAACUCUUGUGCUCCCACGAUGCACCUGAGACCGCAUGUGUGUGUGUGUGUGUGUGUGUGUGUGUGUGUGUGUGUGUGUGUGUGUGUGUGUUUGUGUGUGUGUGUGUGCGCGCGGAUGCGAGAACGGGAACGAAGAGAACCCCCCAAGAGUGAUGAAAACAUUCACAAGAAAAGGAUUUCGAACGAUUGCAAGGAAAUGUAGUAGUUAUUUUUUGCUUACGCAAUUCCGCUGGAGGAGCUGCAAUCAGAGAGGUGCAGGAACCGUUAGCUCUAAUGCCCUACUGGCGUAUAACUGGCAAUGGUGAGAAGAACAGGCUUGGGAAGGAACCACACAUGUGCUCUAAUUUACUCCAGAUCCACUACGAACAAAGUUAGUACGUCGUUGGUGUGCCUCGGUGGGAACGCUUCAGUGAAGUGAGGAGUGUGACGAACGAUAAUGAGACAGCUCAGGACGUAACCGUGUUCUUACAGACCUCUGAUAAGACAGUUUCGUCGCUAUGUACAGUACACAUGUCCUAUGUUAUCAAAUGUUUCCGUUUAUUUUGUGUGUGACGUUCCUACACAUUUUUGCUGUAAAUUACGAAGCACGACCUCUACGAAAUGUUUCCGUAAGUUUUUUUUUAAAGGAGUUUCCUUUAGGUUUCAAAAGCUUCGUAGCAGAAGCUGGUGACAUAGAACGAAUUAUACGACUGAAGGUAAAGUUCCGCUGUUCUCAUUUUUGUUUAUGCUUACAGUGUUUCUGUAGAGUUUAACUUCCAUGAGAGUCAUUUCACCUACGGAGAGUAACAUCGAUUAUACAUAUACUUGUAAUAUUUAUGUACAUUUUCAGACAUAAAUAUCGAGACCACAGUUAGAAGUGACUGCCGAAAUAAAGUAGCACGUAACACUGCAUAUUUUG